CUCUCUCUCCAGGUGUUGAAGACUCGUCUGACCCUGCGUAAGACUGGCCAGUACUCGAGCGUGGCCGACUGUGCCAGGCAGAUCCUGCAGAAGGAGGGCGUCAGGGCCUUCUACAAGGGCUACGUUCCCAACCUGCUGGGUAUUAUCCCCUACGCGGGCAUCGACCUGGCUGUCUACGAGACCCUGAAGAAUUCGUGGCUCCAGAGGAACACCGCUGGUUCUGGAGACCCGGGUGUGUUGGUUCUGGUAGGCUGUGGCACCGUCUCCAGUACCUGCGGACAGCUGGCCAGCUACCCCCUCGCUCUCAUACGCACACGCAUGCAGGCCCAG